AUGAAACCAAAAAGAUCAACCUCAGCUCAUAUUACCCUAAAUGCUUAAUUGAUUAAGCAAACAUCUCCUCCUUCUCCUGUUAAAAACAAAUUAUAGGAAAUAAAUGAUAAGAUUAACCAAAUGUUCAUCAAAGCCAAAAAUCCAAAUGAAUAAGUCAAAAAUAUAGAAACUCAUUUGCAAUCGCAAUUUCAAAGUUCAAAAAUAUUAUCAACAAUAUCGAAAGAGAAAACAAAAUUAUUAUCAUAAAUAACUUCAAAGGAUGGUAAAAUAAAAGAGUAAGAAUACAAGAUUAAUGAAUUAAACAAAGAAAAUGAAUAUUUGAAAUCAUAAUUAGAAAAAUAUCAAUAAAUUUCAAUUGAAAUGGAAUAAUUAGAACAAUAUUGCUCAAAAAUAGUUUAAGAAAAUCAAUAAUUAAAAUAGUAAGUGAAUUAAUUGCAGACUUCCUUUAGUUUCUUAUAGUCUAGCAAUCUUAUCACUUUAGGUUAAGAAAUUGACUAAUAAAUCUAGAGUUUGAGCAAGUCACUUUCAAAAUGUUUUAAAUUGUUAGAAUAUUCAUGCAAAUAAGAAUUUGAUGACUUGCAAGCCUUGAUCAAGAUCAAUUCUAGUGUCACCUCACAACAUAAGCAGGAAGGCAAUUUAUAUACAAUACUAAAGGAAUCUUUGGAGUAGUUAAAACGAUUAAUAUUUGAAACAGAUAAAUAAUUUGAUUUAAAUUAUAAAAAAGUGAGCAGUAAUGUGUUUUAUUCUUAUAAUUAUUGA